UUGUCUGGAUUAGGCACAUUUGUUUUCUUGGGAUGGAACUGGGCGCAAGAUGACAAAAUGCCACUUUUUCUCUUUUUGUUUGCUUGUUUGUUUUUUGGGUUAAGAAAAUGUGACUCCUCUCAGCACUUUUUGGAUCUCAACUUUUCUUUUCAUCUCUUUGGUGAUUUUGGACUGAAGAUGUGGACUAAUUUGGAUCUUUAGAGGAUGACUUUUGGUUGCAGUUUGUAAAACUGUCCUAUACGUAGGUAUCAUCCACUGAAUCUUGGACCACAAACACACAGCUACACAAACACACGCAGACAGAAGCACAGGUCGCCUCAACUGUGGAGACGGGCAGCGUGCUGUCCAACGACCCAACCUGACGCACGGAGACGGACAGACAGACAGACAGUCUGAUGCCAACUGUCUCCCCUGUCAAUCUCACGGCACCACUCCUCCUCCUGUUGCUAUGGGCAACCCACACCACCAUGGCAACCAACUGGCUCUCCCUGGCGAGGCUGCCUCGCUCCAGGCCCGUGUCUGGUGCUGCUCCAUGUGCACGGCUGAGGGGGCUGACCCCAGGGCAGGUGGGGGUGUGCAGAGCACGGGGGGAGGUCAUGGAGUCGGUACGCAAGGCAGCAGAGAUGGUUAUAGAAGAGUGCCAGCACCAGUUCAGAAAUCGCCGCUGGAAUUGUUCAACCACCCCACGUGGGAUCAACGUGUUUGGCCGAGUAAUGAACCAAGGCACUCGUGAGGCAGCCUUUGUGCACGCUCUGUCCUCCGCAGCUGUGGCAAUGGCUGUGACCCGAGCCUGCACCCGUGGGGAGCUGGAGAGGUGUGGCUGUGACAGGAAGGUCAGGGGUGUCAGUCCCGAAGGCUUCCAGUGGUCCGGCUGCAGUGACAACCUGUCCUAUGGUGUAGCUUUCUCCCAGACAUUUGUAGAUGAACCCGAACGGGCCAAGGGCGUGUCGGCGGGGCGCCCGCUCAUGAACCUCCACAACAACGAGGCGGGUCGAAAGGCCAUCCUUCACAACAUGCAGGUGGAGUGUAAGUGUCAUGGCGUCUCUGGCUCCUGUGAGCUGAGAACCUGCUGGAAAGUCAUGCCUCCGUUCAGACGCGUUGGUGCCGUGCUAAAGGAACGUUUCGAUGGAGCCACAGAGGUCCGGCUGACUCGUAUCGGAUCCAGGACAGCUCUGCUCCCCCGUGAUCCCCACGUCAAACCCCCCGCUGCCAGAGACCUUCUGUAUCUUGCCCCCUCCCCAGAUUUCUGUAAUCUUGACCCUGAUAAUGGAAUCCCAGGGACUGCUGGUCGGAGAUGUAAUGGAACGUCUCGACUGGCACCGGAUGGGUGUGAGCUGGUGUGUUGUGGGCCAGGAUUCAGGGCGGGCCGGGCCGAGGUGGUGCAGCGCUGCUCCUGCAAGUUUUCCUGGUGCUGCUCCGUCCGUUGCCAGCAGUGCAAAAAUACUCUCACAAUUCACACCUGCAGAGUGUAAAAAGGCCCAAACAAGACCAUGCUGAAGGAGCAGAGAGGCCGGAGUGAACCACCAGGCCGACGCUGCUGGCCACCCAGGGGCAGAAAGUACAGCAAAGACAGGAGGAGGGGUUUUUGGCCACAUGUCCGUCACCACAUUAAAUCAACUGCUGUCAAAAAACAGUAUGUUUUCAAGUAGUGGUCACCCUCUCUUUAGGCUUUUUAGAAAGUAAAAGAUGAAAAAAACAGACCACAAGUCAAACAGAAACAACUUGUAGGGUAGAAAAAAAAAAUCUCUGUCUUCUCAUACUGCCUGUGCACUUAUGUGUGAACACACAAAGUAAAUCCAAUGUUGACCUGACAAAGCUUCUAAAGCUGAACUUAACCAAAACUAACAGAAGUCAUGCAUCAGUCUUUGUCAUUUUGUGAAAACAAUUUUCAUUUGGUCCUAGAUUUGCAGGUCUUUGAACAUGUCACGUAUUUAUGUCUUCCUUUAAAUUUUGGUUUAUUUAUUUGUGUAACAAAUUUGUUUGCUUCACUUUCAGCCCACAGCGGCAAAAAUGACAUCUACUUACCUCAGCAUCUCUCUUAUUUUUUGCUUGUCACCUUCUCGUGAAACUGAUAUGUUCCUGCAGAAGCAAUACUUUUAGGUCUAUUCAUCAUGUCUAAUAAAUGUAUUAGUUUAUCCAAGAUACCAAAUGUUUUGAUUUACUUAUUUUUCAUAUCUAUAUACUCACAUCCAUAGGUUAGAAAUAAAGUUUAAUGUACCCUGUGAGAUCAUUUGAUUGUGAUCUUGUUUACAUGACAAUAGCAAAAGCUUAGUGUUAGUCAGACCAAAACUGUACUAUAAAUGUGCAUGUAAAUAUGUUAGUCUGGCUGAAAUUGUUCAAAUUUAAAGCUCUCAAAGCCAGAUUAACACACCCAAACAUGCGGUCUGGAUCUAAUCACUUCUGCGUCUGCAUGUUCAGCUAGAAUGAUAUAUGCCUAGGCUCUCCACACAUGCUCCAAAGUUCCAUCGUUUUGUAAAAUAAGUACAGCUCAAUUGUAUAUUAAUACAGCUGAAUUCCCAAUAAAGCUGCUCUCAUUCACAU